AUGAAGCCGCCCCCUGUUCUGAUCUGCCUUUGCCUCCUGGUGGCCCUGGCCAGCGGGAACCUGGUGCAGUUUGGGGUGAUGAUUGAGAGGAUGACGGGGAAGCCAGCGCUGCAGUACAACUACGGCUGCCACUGUGGCAUCGGCGGCUCCCGCGGGCCUGUGGACCAGACUGACUGGUGCUGCCAUGCCCACGACUGUUGCUACGGGCGCCUGGAGAAGCUGGGCUGUGAACCCAAACUGGAAAAGUAUCUGUUCUCCACCAGCAGGCACAGCAUCUUCUGUGCCGGCAGAACCGCCUGCCAGCGGCUGACCUGCACGUGUGACAAGAGGGCCGCACUCUGCUUUCGCCACAACCUGGACACCUACAACCACAAAUACGCCCAUUACUCCAAAAAGCUGUGCACUGGACCUACCCCGCCCUGCUAAGUCUUGGCAGGGCCUCC